AACUACUGGUAGAGAUACUGACCAGGGUAUCUUAGUUACUGCCCACCGAGGGUGCCUGAUCUGUGGGCUUCAGAAGAGGAACAGCUCCCUGCUUUAGGGCCUGUUAUAAACAAGCCCCUUCAAAUGCUACAGACUGGCUGUGUUGUCUGAGAAGCAGCUUGCAACUGGACUGCAUGGACCUGAUGAGCAAACAUGAAGGUAAAAGCUAAACUUUGUGGCUGCCUGUUGGCUCUGGGUCUUGGAGUAGGCCUCUCCCAGUACCAGUCUAAAAGUCACACAAAGCAUCACAUCCAGCAGGGCAGGUCAACCAUAGUCCACCUGUUUGAGUGGCGCUGGAAUGACAUAGCUGAAGAGUGUGAGCGAUAUCUGGGACCCAAUGGAUUUGAUGGAGUGCAGAUCUCCCCUCCCAGUGAGAACGUGGUGGUGACUAAACCAUGGAGACCGUGGUGGGAGAGGUACCAGCCAGUCAGCUACAACCUCUGUUCCCGCUCUGGAACCCAACAGGAGCUCCGAGACAUGGUCUGCAGGUGCAACAAUGUCGGGGUGAAGAUCUAUGCAGACGUGGUCAUUAAUCACAUGUGUAUGUCUGGCGCGGGCGAGGGGGAGGGCAGACGCCGUUCGACCUGUGGCUCAUACUUCAAUGCCAGCAAGAGGGAGUUCCCAUCUGUGCCCUACUCCGCUUCCCACUUCAACGAUGACAAAUGCACCACCAGCAGCAGAAAUAUUGAGACUUACCAAGACAUUUAUCAGGUGCGUAACUGUCGUCUGCUAGGUCUUCUGGAUCUGGCGCAGGACAAGGAGCAUGUGAGGGAGAGGAUAGUGGACUACAUGAACAGACUGGUGGAUAUGGGUAUAGCAGGUUUUAGGGUGGACGCAUGUAAACACAUGUGGCCUGAGGACCUGAAGAACAUAUACAGCAGACUUCACAACCUCAACACCACCUGGUUCACACAGGGAUCCAGACCACUCAUUUACCAAGAGAUUAUCGACCUCGGUGGCGAGCCGAUAAAAGCGACAGAAUACUCUGGACUGGGUCUUGUCACAGAGUUCAAGUAUGGUACUAUGCUGGGCUCUGUCAUCCGCAAGUGGAACCAAGGGAAACUCUCUGACCUCAAGACGUGUGGUGAGAGCUGGGAUCUGCUGCCCUCAGGCGAGGCAUUGGUGUUUGUGGAUAACCAUGACAACCAGAGAGGGCACGGUGCAGGUGGGGCCUCCAUCCUCACCUUCUGGGAGCCCAGAAUGUAUAAAAUGGCUGUGGCUUUCAUGCUGGCCCAUCCCUAUGGAGUUACGAGAGUGAUGUCAAGCUACCGGUGGGAUCAACAUGUUGUGGAUGGAAAGGACCAGAAUGAUUGGAUAGGUCCUCCCAGCUUCCCUGACGGCUCCACCAAGCCUGUCCCCAUCCAGCCAGACGGCAGCUGUGGGGAGGGCUGGGUGUGUGAACACAGAUGGCCCACAAUCAGAAAUAUGGUGAUGUUCCGUAAUGUUGUCGAUGGAGAGCCGUUGUCUAACUGGUGGGACAAUGGGGGGAACCAGAUAGCUUUUGGACGAGGCAACCAAGGCUUCAUAGUUAUCAACAAUGAUAACUGUUCCCUGGAUGUGAUGCUGUACACCGGCCUUCAUGGAGGAACCUACUGUGAUGUCAUCUCCGGUCAGAGGUCAGGGGGGCGUUGCUCGGGGAAACAGGUGACCGUUGGAGGGGACGGGAGAGCACACUUCACCAUCAGCCCCUCUGACCCGGACCCUGUCAUUGCCAUUCACACGCACUCUAAGCUAGAGUAGGAGCUAAUAACACUGCACUUUAUACCACACUGUGAUAUUAUAGUUUGUGUAUCAUUACUGUAUUUCAAGUGGUCUUUCUAUCGAGGUUUGGAAAGAUGAUGAUUAAGAAAUAAGGCACGAGGGGGUGUGGUAUAUGGCCAACAUGUGGUAUAUUGGCCAUAUACCACAAACCCCCAAGGUGCCUUAUUGCUAUUGUAAACUGGUUACCAAUGUAAUUAGAGCAGUAAAAAUACAAUGUUGUCAUACCCAUGGUAUACGGUCUGAUAUACCACAGCUGUCAGCCAAUCAGCAUUCAAGGCUCGAACCACCCAGAUUAUACUACAGUAGGCCUACUGAAAUGUCAUGUGUUAUUAUGGCUCAUAUCAAUUUGGGUCGUGAAAUGCAAACAACAGCUGUGUAAAAACAUCAUCAAUGUUAAUUUUAUGUCAGAUGUGAUCAUGCACUAUAGAUUCUGCAUGACUCUUCAAAUUUAGCGUUAAUAUACAUGCAUUUACAUUCAUUAUAUACUGUAUGUGUUAUCAUUUGUAAAAUACAAUUAAAUGUCCAGUUGGAAAUAGA